GCGCGCACACACAUAUAGCGGAGAUAAGCGCAUCUCUCUCCCUCUCGCUCUGCGUGUCAGUCGCCCAGUGCAUCACGGCAGUGUGCGUUCAGCAGCAGCAUCCUACGCACCUGCACCGUACAACAUUACAAUACACACAAUAACAAAAGAAGGAAGAAAGAACGAUAAAAAAAAAAAAAAAACCAAGACAAGCUCGUGGCUCGACUAAGGACGCUUCUUGUCUUUUUUUUAUUUAUCGCCCUCGCAGUUUUGGACAUCUCCAGACGUUAGCUCGGACUUCUCUCUUCCACUCUUCAAGGCAAAAUGGGGAAACAGAACAGCAAGCUGACCCCCGAGGUGAUGGAAGAUCUGGUGAAGAAUACAGAAUUCAAUGAACAUGAGCUGAAGCAGUGGUACAAGGGUUUCCUUAAGGACUGUCCCACCGGACGUCUUAACCUAGAGGAGUUCCAGCAGCUCUAUGUCAAGUUCUUCCCUUACGGUGAUGCGUCCAAGUUCGCCCAGCACGCCUUUAGAACUUUCGACAAGAACAGCGAUGGCACCAUCGACUUCAGAGAGUUCAUCUGUGCGUUGUCCAUCACGUCACGGGGCAGCUUUGAGCAGAAGCUCAACUGGGCCUUCAACAUGUAUGACCUGGAUGGAGAUGGCAAGAUAACACGGGUGGAGAUGCUGGAAAUCAUUGAGGCAAUCUACAAAAUGGUGGGCACGGUGAUCAUGAUGAAAAUGAAUGAGGACGGUCUGACGCCCCAGCAGCGAGUGGACAAGAUCUUUUCCAAGAUGGAUAAGAACAACGAUGACCAGAUCUCGCUGGAGGAGUUCAAAGAGGCGGCCAAGAGUGACCCCUCCAUCGUAUUACUCCUGCAGUGUGACCUCCAGAAAUAAGGUGAAGGCUGAGCGGAGCAACCCCGACAAGACAACACCGCCGCUCCUGCCACAGACUGCAAAGAAAGAAUUUCAUGUUCCAUUCAGUUUGCAGCUAUUUCCACUGAACAACUACAGAAAAAAAAAAAAUGCUUGGACAACCUUUCAAUGGAUCUUGCUUCUUGUGUUUGAAACACUUGUGUGCAUGAGAAUGUUAUUUGAUUUAACAAACAAUAAACACACACAAUCACAUGCAUACACACACAAAAUAUGCCACUGUAUAUUGAAUACCACGCACAAAUCAUAUAUAAAGAUAUAAUAUAUAUAUAUAUUUAAAUUAUUUAAAGAACAAAUGCCAAAAUGUGAAGUGUGCUAUGUUUUUUUCCCCUCCAAUUUCAUUCUAUUGGAACAUCAAUGAUGUGCUACACUGGAUUUGCCGCUAUACUCUAUUUGUUGUUCCACUGAUGCUAGUUGUACGUGUUUACUGAAGUCAACCAAACCAAAUUCCUGUUAAUGCAUCUGCCUCUAUCCGUCAAAUAUUAGCUCUAGAUAAUAAAACAGAGAAGUGGUUUGUCUGGCGUUUUCUUCUCAAACAUGCUUGUACUGUCAGUUAAAACAACUACAAAACUACAAGAUUCAAAAAAAUGUAAAUGUAGUUAAUUUGCAUGCCUUUAGGUUCUGCCUUAAAACUCUCGUCAUUUUGCAUCCUGCGAUUGAAGACAAGAAAGCCUUAUCAAAGCUGAUACCUGUGAAGAAAACAAAAAGGGCGGGGACGUCGUGUGUUUUGUGACAAUUUUUGCCUGACUUCUUUAACUGUGGGAGCAUGUGUCCUUGUAAAUUAGCUGUCGUAGAUGUCGCUAAGAACCCAACCCCGAACCUUGAGCCUUCAUUGGAAAAAUUGUAUGCCAUUGAUUUGUGAAGAGAAAGGGGAAAAUGAAAAACAAUCACAAGCAAGUUGGAUUAGAGUUGGAAAAAAAAUUACUUUUCACUUUUAUCUCGAGAGAAAUCAUUGAGUUGGAGAGGUUCAAAGUAGGAUACUUGACUAAGUGUGCACUCCCACAGAGGCUCUUCUGCCAUACCAUAGUUCGGCACAAUAUUGUUAUGGUUGUCAAUAACUGGUGAGAGGAGGAAAAAGUCACAUCAAUUAUACCUACACCUGUGUAGUGCGUGUUUGUGCUAAUGCAUGAACAAGCAUACCAUAGUCAAACCCACCUCUUCAAACAAUGUUUGGGCCAGGAAAGUGUGCUGUGCUUGAGCUUCAGAUGCCAAACAGGCCAAGACACGGUACAAAGCUAAACAUCCUUGAUGAUUUUGUUUUAAAUAUUAUGUGAUCGAGACUGAAUCAAAUAGCGCAUUUCAGUUUGUCUCGAUUGCUUUAACAUUAAUCAACAAUCAAUCCCACAUCAUUGACAUUCUAUACCCAACUAUUUAUUAAUUUUAUUAUGCCCAUCAGUAAUUCCGAGCUUUAGUUUCACCUUCAUUGGCAUCAUCAAGAGCUUGCAGGUUGCAUAUCAGUUCAAUUAAUGAAGAAAAUUAGGCCUGCAUUUCAACACGUUUUUUCCCAGUCAGUUCCGACAAGUGCGUUUGAUUAACAGUCAAAAGAGGACAUCGCUUCAUGUAGAGCCAGGUUAAACAAUUUACCCACCUCAAAAACUAAACCUUUUUGUACUUUUUUACUACCCCUCUCUCUCUCUCUCUCAUUGUAUGGAUGCAAAGUAGCCAGUGUUGCAAAGGUCAAUGGAAUUGCGGUGCCUCCUGAGAGCCCAUCAUUAUCUUUCAGUAAAUAAGUCCACCUUGCCCUCAUUAUGACCUGCUUUAACACAGCCUAGUGUUUUAUUAGCCUCUAUGUCCUGAUAAACAGCAGUAUUCCUCAGCAAGGUGACUUGUCCUUGUAGGUUUCAUCUUCUUUGAACCUAUUUUUUUUUUUUUUUGCUGUUCCUAACUACAAGUCUGUUAUUGCAAAGAUCAAGAUACCAAAUGUAAGCAAAAGGCAAUUGUGUAGAAGGAUUCUUUUGUAGCAUGUAUUGUGUUCCUGAUGACAUGGCUGCACUACAUACCCUGUGUUGUGAUUUAAUCUAAUAAAAGGAACUCUAUGGGC